AUGCGCGAGGUGUUGCGAGGCCAUGCGACUGCUGUCCCUGCAGCAACCGUCAACAACGAAAAUACUCAUCUGGAUCAUGAGAGUGCUACAGAUCCAGAUACUGAUGGAGAUACUGGCAUAGACUCUAGGAUGGAUUCAAACAGACAGGUUUCUAAUAUAGGCGUACGGACUCGGAGGAGAGUCAACAGUGACAUUGAAAUGUCUGACGACAAGUCGUUGGCUGGAACCAAGAACGAGGACAGUGCAAGCAAUAGUAACAAGACCACUGUGUGGACACCAGAAAUGGAAAUGACUUUGUUUCAGGCUGUUGCAAAGUACCGUCCAAUAGGUGUUCAUAAACACUUUCGGAUCCUCAAUGUUCAGCGAUUCAUCAAUACCCAUAUGGGCACAGACAUCAGUAUACAGGAACUAUGGAACAGACUUUCUAUUUAUUAUAAUAUAGAGAAACUCGACGAAUUGGCUGACGAUACUGAAGCAGAUGUACCUUAUGAGCGUCGAAUUCAUCGAGCUAUUUUCCCAUUCACAACAUUACGAGACUUUACUCUCCCAUCAGAAGACUUUUACGAACUCAUGGAUGAGCGUCGUAAAGCCGAAUCAUCAUCCACAGGCUCACCAGAGCAUCUAACAAUCGACACACAUUCUCCAAUAAAAACUCGAACCACCCGUGCACAUCCAUAUUCCCCUACAACAAGCAGUGCAUUCACUGGAUCUCCUGAACGACACGGAGACUCCAUAGCAGAUCAUAUUCCUAUAGCAGCAGCUAAACUAUCUGACAAGUCGGGAGUAUCUACCCCUGCCAAAUCCAAACUUGGUAGGCCUCGUAAAGCUAAAAUGGCUGAAUCUUCGUCGUCUGUGUUACAUGACAUGUCUGUAUCGGCUGACACAUCGGAUAUAGCAGGAGAGCCUCACACACCUCAAGAACCAUCGCGGAGAUCCACUCGCAAUCCAAAUAUCGCAUUGCCAACCAAAAGACGUCGGGGAUGA